UCCCCUCGCCUCUUUCUUCCUUGGGACCCCGCUAGGUUGGGCCAGGGAUUGGGCUCCCCGUUUUCUUAUCGGGGGCCCAUGCCCAGGCCCAAGCCCAACCCGCUCCAUUGCCACCGCCUCCACUGGCUAUAGGUGGGCCUUAGGUUUUGUUCCUCCUCCUACCUUUGGUCCGAUUCCUCUUUCCCCUCUUCGUCGUCUCCAAUCUCCCAUCGACCGAUCGGCGGCGCCCGGAGCAAACGACCGCCGGCGACGAUGAUCUACCGCAACUGGUCGCUGCUCUCCUCCACCGUCGUCAUCUGGGGCGGCGUCGCCACCGCCGGCCUCGCCGGGAUCUUCCUCUUCGGCGGCAAGGAGAAAUUCCAGAACUAUCUUUGCCGUGAAGGUGAGAGGCUUAGGCAACAGGACAGAGCAGCAAUGGGCAAGAACUAGCUGAAGACCUAAGAUAAUGCACUAGAACAAAUUUCCUCCUAGAGAGAACCCCAGUGGCGUUGGCUCACUCAAACUAUCUCCACAAUAAAUUGUGAUGCCUGGAAGGAACUCUUAUCUCUUCUUCUCUAGUUUCUGGCUGUUGUUAAUCAUCUGUAUAAAAUGGUUGACGAUAUCGUUUUAGCCGCUGAUAGCCAUGUUUGUCAAAGCUUUUUACUUGUUUUUAUCAACUUGUGUGACAUGUCGAUGUCCAACUUGUUUGUGGGUACUCAAUAAAAGGUUGUUUCAGUUGACGGGACAUCAUAAAUAUCAUUCUACCUCUCUCA